AUUUUUCCUUGACUAAAUAGAGAAUUUUGUUCAUUGUAAUGCAUCUUUAAGAAUGCAAGAGAUCCCUUAACAACAUAAAUAACAAUUGCUUUGUCUCUUCUCUCUACUGUUUCUUUACUCUUUGUUGUUUUAUAACAAAUCCUAAUUAAUUAGAUUUAAUUGCUUCUAUAUUGAGUGGCAAGUGCAGUAGUUUAAGCCAGACAUGGCAUGAGAAGAAAAAGAAGACUGUUCCUUGUUUGGUCAAAACCCUAGUCGAUUCUCAUCAGUGUGCAAGGGACGAUGACGGAUCGUGACCGAACUCGAACUCGUGACCGUGAUCGGGAUCGGGAUCGUGAGCGUGACCGAGAAAGGGACAGGGAUAGAGACAGAGAUAGGAAACGAGAUCGGGAAGACCGUGAUACCCCUGACCAUAUCAGAACCACUCGGUACACUCGCUCCCCUUCCAUUGACCGUGACCGUCGCCGUCACCGCCAUCGUUCUACCUCUCGUUCCUCUUCUCCCGCUGACCGUCACCACCGCCACCAUCGCCAUUGGAGUCCCUCAGCUGAAAGUCCUCCAAGAAAAAGAAGACACAAAGAUGAUGGGGAUAGGGAUAAGGAAAGAGAUAGGGACAGACGCAGCAGCAGAGAAGUUUCGGAUUUUGUGGAUGGGAUAGCGAAAGAACAGAAGAAGAAUAAGAAGAAGAAAGAGGAUAGGAGUGCUGCAGGUGUUGGUGAAGGAGAAGAGAUGAUGGAUGAGGAUGAGAUUGAGAUGAUGAAGAAAUUCGGGAUACCAGUAGGGUUUGAUUCUACAAAAGGAAAGCCAGUGGCAGGGAAUGCUGUCGGUGCUGUUAGAAAAGUUACCAAACGCCAGCCUCGACAGUACAUGAAUCGCCGUGGUGGCUUCAAUAGGCCCUUGCCUGCUGAGUGUAACCGCUGAUUUUGAUUUUUCCUUCCAGAUUGGUCGAUCGGUUAUUUAUGGCCUGACCAUUAAGGGAGAAUCUGGGUUAAAGCAAGUUAUUGAAAUGCGAAAGAAUGAACUUGAGCUGCCCAUGGCUCUUGCUGUAUGUCGCACUUUGGAUGAUAUUACCAAAAGCCAUGUUAAGACACAGCAAGAGAGAUUCCUUUGCAAGAUAUCUCUGUUCUCAUUUUUCUUGUAAUGUUUAAUUGCGAUAUUGCUAUUUAAAACAUUGAUUUGAGAUGUUAAGAUAUUCACAUAGAAUAUCUAAAGAUCAAUUUUUGUAAAUCUGAUCCAAUUUCACGCUUGUGUGGUUCAUGUUGUUAUUAUCUUUUCAUCUACAAGUUAGACAUGUUAGUAGUUGUUUGUGUCUUUAGCGAGGUGUGAUACGCCAAGUGCAAAGCACAACUUAUUUGAUCAUAAAGCUUAGUACGCGUUGUGGCUGCCUGUUCUUCUUCAUCAAAUGAAAGAGCUUGAAAGCAAUUACAAAAAGGGCUUACUUUCGGUUCUUUUGUUGUGUGCUUAGGUGUUGAUGGGCUGUGAUCGGGGCUGCUGACUUAUUAUAGGUGAGGGGCUAUAUAUUGAAUAGUUCGGAAGUUCAAAGACACAGUCAAAGAAUUUCAACAGAUUGGCAGUUUUUUAGUACUUCUUCAGUCAUAUCAGCUGCAUAUUGCAUGUAGGUUGGUUCUUUUGUUGUGUGCUUAGGCGAGAAUUGGAUGUAUUUACUUUGUAAGUUUCUUUACUUUCUUUAAUUCGUGGAAGUCCUAAGUCGGAGAAUGGUGUUACGGAUGGUUGAUCAAUGCAGUUGUUGUUAGCUUAUCUAAUGUUGAUCACGCAUAUGUGCUUUUUCAUCCAUUGACAGUCACACCCACAUACAUAAGUAGAGGAAAUCUUGUUGAUCUUGAGGAAACAGAUGUGUCCCAUUAUGUCCGUCAAAGUUCAUGUCUAAUAUGUACAUAGCUUUUAUAUAUUUCAGUUUCUGGCCCCUAUUAAUCUGUGGA